GCCGAGCUUCGAGCUGCCCGUGCCGCGGCUGCAGGUCGUGAUGGUGAUGGCGACGGAGGCCCAGGCGUGCCACCUCGCGCUCCAGCGGCGGACGCCCCGACUGGUGGCCAGGGACCACGGCGGAGGCGACGUCGCGCUCGGCGCCACCGAGCUUGCGGAGCGCAGGAUGAGCCCAUGGUGCUCGACAGCGCUGCUGGCUGCUGGUGUAGUUGGCGGCGGUGGUCUGGGGGUGGACGGCGGCAGCGACUUAGAGGACGACGCCUGGGCGGACACGGAACUCAUGACCGCCAGCUCCAUGGAGAGCGCCUCCGAUUUCCUCCGCCGCCGCUGCGGCGGCGACGAGGACCGCAUGCGCGAUUUCGUCGCGCUGAUGGCCUGGGGGGCCGCGACGGGGGCGGCUGGCCGCGGGAAGAGUGAUCAACUGGCGAGCUGCGAGGCCGGCCGCCGGAUGCUGAGCACGAGCGUGGCCCACUGGCAGUGGGCUGCGCUUGUGCUGCUGGCGAGCCUGUCAGAGGUUCGGCGACUGGGGCCCCGGCCCGAGAGGCCCGCGCCGCCUGCGCCGAAGGGGCCGAGUGCGCGCGAGAUGAUCGUGGUCGACACGGUCAGCGAGCUCGAGGCCUUGAGGGGCGGCGGAGCGCCGCCCCCUCCUGGCGGCGAAUGCCCCAGCCAGCCCAGGCCGCAGGAGGAUGGCUCGCGGGCCGUGCCCACGGAGUGCGUGCGCGAGUGCCCUGAGUGCGAGGCCCCGGGGAGCCAGUGGUUGGGCUGGCUGCUGGGCGGUGUGUCUGCGCUGCUGCAGUUUCGCGGCUGGUGGCAGAGGCCUGUCCGGCUGGUUGCCGUGAAGUACGAGGGGAACCUGUCGCGGUACGAGCUGCAGCGGGCCGGGUCGAGCACUGAGGAGCUGAAGGGGCUGCUUGGCUGGAACUGGCGCGAGAAGGUACCCGACGGCGACGAGUACGAGAGAGCGCUGGGCGGCAGCCAGCCAGGCCCACGUCGGCUCCCCCUGUUUGGGCGGGGCGCUUCAGGCCCCCGCCUGCUGCAGGUCAAGUUCAACAGGUGCUCCGAGUACCCCGCGGACGAGCUGCGGGCGAGGAAGGCAACUGAGCACUUCCGCGCGGUGGCGCACGCGGGCACCCCGCAGCCGCCGCCGACGGACGCAGUGGACAGCACGGGGUCGGCGGAGGCGCGGCCUUUGGGAGCGUUAAAGAACACGGACGCCGCCCUGGCGCCGUCGGAGCCCGCCAGUAGCGCCACGGGAGCGGGCGCGCGACCGUCCAGGCGGGCGGCCGCUGGGAGCUGCUGGAUCGGGCACGGCUGCGGGGGGCACGUCGCGAUGGGCAUCGAGGUUGAGCUGAUCAAGGGCGAGGGCGACGGCGUGGGCGAACCGACGAUGAUGAGAGUGUGCGACGGCGGGCUUUCCGUGAAGCGCGCCCUGGCAAUGCGCGGCGCGUUGGACAGCAGGUCCUCAGGUCUGCGGCAGCGCGGCGCCAAGAGGGCGCGGGGCAAUAACGAGCUGAACGCCGCCCCCGCCCGGAGCUCCCGAGGGGGGGCCUGCGGGGAAGACGGCGGGAACGGCGACGAGUUUGAGAAAGCGGAGGGCGGCGCGGGGCGCGGCGGCGGCCGCGGGCGGCCCCUCUGCGACCCGAUCGGCGCGGCGGCAGGCGGCGAGCUGGUUGAUAGCGCCCAGCGGGCGCUUAAUUGGACGCAUGGUUUCGAGCUCGGGCAUGAGGCCCAGCUGGAACGUGACGAUAUGCAGCAGGACGUUAAUCAGUACGCGCGCGGGCUGGCCAAGGGCGAGCAGCGCGCGUGCCGCGGUCUCGACGUCCCAUCAGCGCAAGUGGCCCUACGGGAGUUGCUGCGCGGUCGAUCCCUGUAUGGCGCGGGGGCGGCCAACGACUCACUGGCGCCCUUUCAACGAGUCCGGCUGUCGCUUCCUGAGACCGCGGAGGGCUCCCCCUACAUCGGCGACGCCGAGUCCGACCUCGCUCGCGACGGCACUCAGCGCCAUUGCGAUCCAGCUUUGGUGAGCCGCAAGACCGUGCACACUGCUUUUCUGAAGGACCUGAUGGCGCGUGGCCUUCUCGACUUCACGCUGGGGCCGCUCGAGAGGGUAGGAAGCGUCGGGCCGCUGGGCGUGGACACUUUGCCGCGGAAUCGCGGGCGGCCACUGGCGCUGGGCUGCGAGCGACAGGGGCCCCUCCGGCACUACGUCUACGUCGACGACAUGGGCGCGCUGGGAACAGACGGGACCAUGGGGCUACUGGUCCACGAGCAGGCCAUCACUUUUGGGGUCACAGAGGUGCUGGGCGCGGAGGUCAACGGGCAGUUGAUGCAGACGCGGGCGUCAGGCAAGAGGACGCCGCGGGCCCGGCAGGCGAUUGCCGGGCCCCUCCAGCGCGGGCGCUACACAGGCAGCGCGCUGGAGGUGUUGCUGGGACAGUUCACCAUCCCGGGAAUCCUGCACCUCGAGGCCCGCGCCCUCGCGAUGGACUUUCGCAGGGCCGCGGGCCUCGCGGAGCGGAAGAGGGGGCUGAGCGCGGUCCGGCAGGCGGCGGAGCAGCCGAGGACUGGGGCGACGUCCGAGGUCGCCGAGCUGGCGGUCGCAAGCAGAGAGCGAGCGCCACGCCAGCUUCGCAGGCAACGGGUGGUGAGCUACGUGUCGGAGGCCUGCGAGCUGCAGAACACAGGGAGCAGCCUGCUCGAACGGCAGGCCGUGCAGGAGACGACCCACGGGCGGUACCAGGCCGAGUCCAAGGGCCUGACCGACGCGGAGGUCGACGAAUCGUUGGUGCGUCCGACCGAGCGGGUCUUCUCCUUAGAGAAGCGGGCCCGUCGCGGGGCUGGGCCGACGGCCGCGCGGAGGCACGCGGAGCCGCGGUUCGGGCAGCUCGGCGAACGCCGCGCCCCAUGGGCCGGGAGAGCUCCCGAGGGUUGGCGGCAGCUGGCCCCCGCGAGGUCGCGUCGACCCGAGCUGCGCGGGCCCUGGGCUGGAAUGGCCGACGAGAUGGUGAGGCGCGGAGAGGCACACAUGACGUUGUCCGCGUUGCUCUCAGUGAUGGCUUGCCUGUGUCUAAUUAGCCUCCUGGCGCUGGGGCUCGAGAGCUGCCUGGCGCCGUGGACAGCCCGCAGUGCCUGGGGCCUGCUGCUGCGCCCAGCGGAGAGGGCCGUGGCCGGCAAGGUGGGCGACGUCGAGCACCCGAGGGCGGUCUGGGGGUUCAGCUACUGGGAGUGUCGCAGGGCGAUCGAGGAAUGCGACACGGCGCUGGCAGUAAGGUACGCAACACAGGCGCGGCUCUGUCACAGCGAGCUGCGGUUUGCCUCAAGCCUCUAUCAGUGCCUGCAGGAGUGCGAACGCGCUCCAGGGAGGGCGCUGGAGCUCCAAGUCACGGCUCUGCUUGCGGAGCGUCUCCCAGGCAACCUCCAGGGCUGGUCCGAGGGCGCAGGCGAG